GAAGAGAAAGAGAGAGAGAGAGAGAGAGAGAGAGAGGCACAACAUGGCAAGCUGUAACAUGGCAUCAGCUGCUUCUGGGUUUGGGCUAACACCAAAUGUUACAAGCAACACAACUUCAGGUGCAAAGAGUUACAUGUUAUCUUUCCCUUUCAAGAACAACAAUUCAUCAAGGCUGGUUGUAAGGGCAGCGGAGGAGGGUGCUCCACCAGCAACCACUACAGCACCAGUUGAAGGUGAAGCUCCUAAGCCUAAGCCUCCACCAAUUGGACCCAAGAGAGGCACUAAGGUUAAGAUUCUUAGGAGGGAGUCCUACUGGUACAAUGGCAUUGGAUCUGUUGUAGCUGUUGACCAGGACCCAAAGACUCGCUACCCAGUAGUGGUCCGAUUCAACAAAGUUAACUAUGCAAAUGUAUCUACAAAUAACUAUGCAUUGGAUGAGAUUGAAGAAGUUAAAUGAGUGAUGGUUGGUAUUGUAAUUGUAAUUGUAAUUUUCCUACUAUUUUAGUCUCUAGCUUUAGUUUGUCUGUGUGACGAAUAUAUACUCUCUCUGUGAUUUCUUGUUUCUUCUUCCUUAUUAUGUUAUGACAAAUGCUGCCAAGAGCCAAAUUGAUAUUGUCCAUAACAUAUACUACACUAGCUGUGAUUUGAACCAGUUUUAAAAUCAA